AUGCUUGCAACUCUCAAAUAUACGGACUUGAGGAGUGAGCCCAUCCCGGGCGACGACCGCAUCUGGGGUAAUGACCUGUAUCCGCCUCCCGUGAUUGACGAGACCUACGUCGGCAAAUAUUUGGCUCGCAUGGGCACGGAGCGAACGCUGGCAUCCAACGACGUCGAGAGCAAGCAACUUGACUUGUUAAGCGCUUCACCACCAACAUGGCUUAACCAUCCCUCACACAUUAUACCUGGAAAAUACCCCAAAGCGCUCUCCCCUCCUCGCCGCAUCUUAGCCCCUUCCCUCAACUUUUACCCCCCGGAUUCCCCACCAAACCUCUUUCCAUCCGCCCUGAGCUUCUUCACAAGUAUUCCGUGGUGCUCCCGUCUGAUUCAUGAUGGUUCGCCCACGUGCGGCCGAAUUCCUGGACAUGGCCAGGCCAUCACCUUCAUCCCUCAGUGCUUCAACCCAGCUAGCUCGCGGCACGAGCAAUUCAUUGGAGAUACACUAUCCCACGGGUACAGCAGAGCUGGCGCCGCCGCCACCACAGAAGAGACGGCAAGCAGCCUCCUCGACAGAAAACAACCCCCUCUACGACACAUGCUUUCGCUUUUCCGGCCCAGCGACGACUCACAUCUCCACGAUCCAGCGAGGCCCAUCCUGCGCGUUGCUACGUUGUUUGCCUUUGGCGCGGGCACUUCUGGCUAUGAAGGCAUUCUUCACGGCGGGCUGAUUGCAACGCUGCUCGACGAGAGCCUCGCCAUUGUCAACGAACUCAACUCGGCCCUUGGCAAGAUAGGCUCCGUGUUUACGACUGUCAGCGUUACGGCGUCCCUGAAUAUCAGAUUUCUAGCGCCCGUGCCGGUGACCGAAGAAGCCGUGUGCGUGACAACCUGGAUAGACGACGUUCAAAGCCGCAACACCAUCAUGAAGGGGGAGAUGACUGGUUCCAAUGGGGACAAGUUUGCCACAGUGGAGAGCGUCUGGGUUGCCGUUGGUGCUGGCAAUUAG